GUAACAUCGCCGUUCAUUUGACAAUGAGAUGGGACACAAAACGCAGUUGCCGCCGCUUAUUUUUCGCAAAUUAUAGCCAAAAACUAAUUAAUUUUACUUCUGGAAUCUACGCAUACGUCAAGAGUUGCCUCGCACACGAUCCCCAGAGGAUUGUAAUUCACCAUGAGGCGAAAGCAACAGUCUGAAUCACGGGCCGGACCUUCGGGAGCCAAGUCCUUUUUAGAUAUACAAGGACUUGAGGCUUUCGAGUCUUGCAGGUUGUGUUCCCACGAAGGAAGCAAUGGGGCCACAGAGAUUUUCAGUGAGAAGGGAAUCAAGAAAAACUUACCAGCCCUAAUAAAAAAUUACCUUAAGAUUGUGGUGUCGGAAAGUGACCUGCUGUCAAAAUCAAUUUGCAAAAAGUGCUGUGAUCACCUAGUGAAAUUUCAUCUCUUCGCCCAGAAUGUCAAGACAGUUCAGGAUAAAUUGGAGGAGCAAAAGUUUUGCAUGGAAAAUUUAACCGAACCAAAAAUUGAAGCUCAUUACCAGGAUGAGCACGCCUCUCCGUUAGACAAUUAUCUCGAAGCAAACCACUCAAGUUCAGUGGAAAAGCACAUUCCGGAUGACAUCGUCUCUUCUCUUGGACUUCUGAGUGACCUUCCCAUUGAUUUGUCAUCAGACGACUUCGACGAGCCGGAUGGUCUGAUAAAAAUAAAAGAAGAGGCCAAAGAUUCAGAGCCGGAGGAGGAUUUGGAGCAGGAUGACCAGGUCAGCACCACAAGUGAAGAGGAGGAAGAGGACUCCGAUGUGACUGAUUCCCCUUCAACAAGAAUUCGGUCCGAUAUUAAAGAGCAGGAGAAGGAACUCUCCGAAUUUUACAAACUCACUUGUUCCGAGUGCGAAUACAAAUGCACCACAUUCGCCUCAUUAUCUUCGCACUGCAAGAAAACGCAUGACUGCCGUCCUACAAUAUUUUGCCAUUGUGGCAAGUCCUUUAAUAGGCGCAGCCACUUGAUCAGGCACAGAAAUCAGCACCUAGGAGUUCAUCGUUAUAAGUGUGAAACGUGUGAGAGAGGUUUUCACUUUAAAUUCAUGCUUCGGUCUCACAUGUACACUCACGGCCCUGAAAGUGACAAGCCUUUCAAGUGUGAUGAAUGCCAAAGAUCGUACAUCACCAAGUCGGGCCUGACCAACCACAAAACAAUGAAGCACUUGCCUCCCAGAGCUCGAGUCUCAUGUGAUAUUUGCAAUAACACUUUCAGCCACCCUAAUUGUCUUUACACCCACAAGAAGACUGUCCAUGGCGACCAAAGACACUUUGUCUGUCACAUUUGCGGCAAAACAAUGUCCACUGUUGGGAAUUUGAAAGGCCACCUUGAAACGCACAAAGAGUCCUGCAACGUCCAAUGUGAAGUUUGUGGCAAACGCUUUAAAACCAGGAUGAGACUUGUCAGACACAUGGAGUACCACAAAGCUGUAGUUCAUGAGUGUCAGGUGUGUGGGAAGCAAUACCAAACCCGAGGAUCUUUGCGGUCUCAUCUUUUGGUACACAGCGAUGACAGGCCCCACAAGUGCAAUCUGUGCCAGAAAACUUUCAAACGCAGCAAACAAUUAAAGCUCCAUCUGUAUCAGCACACUGGCGAACGCCCCUACAAGUGUCCGUUCUGUCCGAAAACUUUCACCAACGCUGGAAACAGGGCGACCCACAAAAGACGAAUCCACUCAAAAGUGAUCAGCCAAAGUGUCAUCGAAGACAAUUCCGCUUCGACCAGCCUGUUUUGUGUUAACGAAGAAAUUUCCGGCAACCUGAACGGCCAGCAAAGAAUGUCUUCCACCGAGGCCAACAACCUUGAAACGCAAAACCUGCAGUCGAUGGCCGCUGUUUUGAACCAGCCUGCAAUGAUGAUGGGCGGAAUGAUGCUCCCUCUGCAAACACCCAACCUGCAGCCAGUCAUGCAUGCGCAACACCUUCUCACUCAAGGUCUACCAAGUCAUUCCACAGGCGCGUGGUAAUUAAUGGUUUUAUUGUACUGGCAUUAUUUAUUAUUAUAUUAUUUCAAGUGAGGUCUUCCAUUAGUAGAAAAUUAAUGAAGUGUAAGAUGUUAAGGUCUUAUUAAUUAAACAAGAAAAGAAA